UCGAGAGGACCAAUUUACCCUCGGCAAAACCCACCGUCACUGCUACCCAACUCCGUUCCAUGGCCUCCGCCUCCGCCUCCGCCCUCGCUUUCGCCUCCGCCGCCUAGCCUCCCUAGGGUUUCGGGUUCCGAGAUCCGUGCCGCCGCAAUGCCCGCCUCGCCGGAGCAAGCCGUGCGCGAGGUCGGCAAGCGCCUCGCGCAGCCACGCCUCGGCAAGGACGCCCUCGUCAAGCUUCUAAAGCAAGCUGAAAGUGCUUUAUCAGAGUUGAGUCAGUCCUCCUCUCUGCAGGAGGCUCUACAUCCUCUGAGUAAAUCUCUGGUCCAGACCACAUUACUUACCCAUAGGGACAAGGAUGUCAAACUUCUUGUUGCAGUUUGCUUUAUUGAAGUUAUGCGUGUCCUUGCACCUGAUCCACCUUUUAGUGAUGAAAUAUUUAAGGAAAUAUUUAGGCUCUUUAUCAGUGUAUUUGCAGACCUUGCUGAAACUAGCAGUCCAUACCUUCCAAGAAGGAUUUUGAUAUUGGAAAAUGUUGCUGCACUCAGAUGUUCUGUAAUUAUGCUCGACGUUGGCUGUCAGGACUUGGUUCUUGACAUGGUCAGGAUUUUCUUCUCAGCAGUAAAGCAAGGUCUUCAGCAGAGUGUAUGCCAGGCUAUGCUAUCUAUAAUGACCCAGAUAUUAAAUGAAAAAGUUACUCAACCUCUCCUGGAUGUGAUUUUACGCAAUUUAGUAAAAGAGGACAAGGGAGCAUCCCACAAGCUGGCCGUUGACAUCAUCCAAAACUGUGCUGAGAAAUUAGAGCCCGUUCUUCGUACUUUCUUGUCUUCGUGCAUUUUCAACAAGGAUGUGCCAGCUAAUGAAACCAGGAAACAACAUCAUAAGAUUAUCCUGGAAAUGUUCCAGUGUGCACCCCAGAUGCUUUUUGCUGUUAUUCCACACUUAACUCAUGAGCUCUUGAGCGACCGUGUUGAUAUCCGGCUGGAGGCAGUUCACCUGAUUGGGAGGCUUCUUGUAUUAUCUAAUCUCCGGUUUGCUCAAGAAAACCAAUUAAUUUUUAAGGAAUUCUUGAAGAGAUUCUCUGACAAAUCUGCAGAAGUAAGAAUUGCUGCAAUUGAUGCAGCAAAAGUCUGUUACAUGGCUAUAUCAUCUGGAAAUGAAGCAGAAGAUAUUCUUACAUCACUUGCAGGCAGGCUAUUGGAUUUUGAUGACAAAGUGAGGAUCCGAGCUGUUGCUGCAGUCUGCGAUAUGGCCAAAUCAAAUCUAAACUCAUUUCCUGCUAAGGUAAUAUUGCAAGCAGCAGGGAGGCUACGUGAUAAAAAGGUAUCUGUCAGAAAGCAUGUAAUGCUUAAGUUGCUAGACCUAUACCGAGAUUACUGUAAGAAAUGCUCAAAAGGGAUUGCCACAGUUAAUUUUCACUAUGAACAAAUCCCAGCUCAACUUUUAACACUUUGUUUUGAUAAAGAUAGUGAAAUAUUCAGGCCACAGAACAUGGAGCUUAUACUUGCUGAAGAACUCUUCCCUUCAUCACUUUCUCCAAAAGAAAGAGCAAUCCACUGGGUUGAGUUCUUCUCUUAUUUCAAACCACAGCAUAUUAAGGCUUUGCACAUCAUCUUUUCUCUGAAAAGAAGGUUGCAACUGGAGAUGCAGGCAUAUUUAUCACUUCGAGCAAAGAAGGAAGAGCCUUCAGAUGAAAUACAGAAGAAAUUUUGUGCAUCAUUCAGAAAUAUGUCUGUUGCCUUUGCAGAUGCCUCUAAUGUUGAAGAGUGCUUAAAAAAUUUGCACCAGCUGAAAGACAAUAACAUAUUUAAGGAUUUGACUGAAUUAAGUUAUGAGGGCAGCAGUUUUGCAACAGUCCAGUCGAUAAGAGAUUUAUUUCUUAAGAGAAUUGGUAACAAACACCCACUUUACAAUUUCUGCAAAGUUCUGUCUGUAAAAUGCUCACAUUCAAUAUUUAAUUGGGAGAUGAUCUAUGCCAUUCUGGAGGUUCUUUUCUCCCACAGAAAUGAAUUAACCAAUCAUGUGGAGGCUGCAUGUGAUCUUUUACUGCUAGUUUCAAAGGUGUUUCCAUCAUUAUUCCAAGGCUCAGAGGAAUACUUGAUAAAGCUGUUCUCAGAAGAGUCGGUCUUGAUAAAUGAAAAGACACUGGAAAUGUUGGCACACUUGGCAAAAUCAGGAUGCCAUUUAUCUAUUGAUUUCAGUGAUGAUGUCUACCCAUUACUGGAGCAAAAGUGUAUAGAAGGAACACGUGCUGAAUCGAAGUAUGCUGUCGCAGCAAUUGAUUCACUAAUCCAGUCCCCAAAUGACGAAAAAUUUGCCAGAUUAUGUGAGAAAGUUGUUGCUGCUCUAGAUGAUAAUUACAAUGUACCAACACUAUUACAGUCUUUGGGCUUGAUAUUGGAGCAUUCCCCUUCUAUGUAUAAGUUAUACGACAAGAAAAUUAUGAAUUUUGUCCAGGAUAUUUUAUGUUCAACUGAGUUCAUUUCAACACUUGGACAGUUGUCACCUGACGACAAUUCUGCAUGCAGUUUCUCCUGCAAACUGAAGAUUUAUUGUCUUAAAACUCUUGUCAAAAGUUGUUUACCAAGAAGCACAGUCCGUGAUAGAAUUGAGCAUUUUCUGAAGAUUCUGUUAGAUAUAAUUCUUGAAAAGUUCAAGGCCAUUACUCUAUGUGAAAAUGAUAGGCCAUAUCUGAAACUGGCUGCUGGGAAAUCUGUACUACAACUGGCUGCAUUAUGGGAUUCACAAAUUUCACCAAAAUUAUUUCGCAGUGUAGUUCUCAUGGCAAGGGAUUCUUCAUAUACUGUUCGCAAGUCAUUCAUCUGCAAACUCCAUGACCUUAUAAUGGAACAUGCAAUUCCUAUUAAAUAUGCAUGUGCUUUUGCGCUGGCAUCAACAGAUUGCUCCAGAGAUGUUCGUACUGAAUCGACAAGGUACUUAACUGAAGUGCUAAAGGAGCAAAGAAGAUUAUUUGUUCAUCAUAACACAAAAAGGAAAGAGUCACUUGUAGACCAUCCAGCGUAUGCCGUGGUUUUCUUGACCCAUACCCUAGCAUAUGAUAAGGAAUUUCCCAUGAAGUUAUGUGAAAACAAGAUCUCUGCGGAAUUUUGGAGCCCACUUGUUAUGAUGUUGAGAACACUCAUUGAAAUGGAUGAUGAGCAUGGUCACAAUACCAGUUCUGUUCCCAUUCUUAUGGGGAUCUUCCGUGCUAUUCAAAUGGCUGGGGAUUUAGCUGAGGCUGAGGAUCUGGCUGAGUGUGGGAUCACUCAUAAACUGCAUAUUCUCUCAAGAAUAGGGUUGCUUAUUGUCAAAGAACUUGAUAAGCACUGCAAGAUGUCAGAUUCUCCACGUCACUUUCCCUUGCCCUCAUCUUAUUUCAGAGUGUCUGGUAGCGCAAGAAAAACAGAUGAAUGCUGUCAAGGAGAUCUCAUUAGUGACAGUUUUGUAAAGAGAAUCCUUGGGGCUCAUGGACCAGUACACCCGGAUGAUACAAAAUGUUCUGAUAAUGCUGAGAGGGUAUCAACAGAAGUUGCUCCUGACAAGGAAGCUCGUUCCUCAUUAAGCAACAUCGUGGGACAAAAUGCAAGUUGUCAUGAUAAAGGCAAAAGGAACAAAAAACAGGAUCAGACUACUAAUCAUAGUUUGGAAAAAGAGAAGGUGUCAUCUUGUGGUUCUGCUGGCACGAAGUUGUCAUCUCCAGCCUCUUUGGGUUUAGCUAAGGAAGCUGAUUCUAUAGACAGCAUCUCUCUCUUAGAAAACCAGAAUCGUCCAGAGAGUAGAAGCUCCACUGGGGAAACUAGAGCUUCGGAGACAGAUCAUAACUAUUCUAAUCGCCGAGAAACUGUGAUGAAAGAUACAGGCACGGUGCUUGUUGGGUGUCGCAUUAGAUUGUGGUCAGCACGUGAUAUGUGUUAUAUCUGUGGAACUGUUGAGACAUAUGAUCAGUCAAAUGGCUUUCACAAGAUUAUCUAUGAAAACGGCGAUAAGGAGUUAGUGCGCUUGGAAUGUCAGAAGUGGGAAUUCAUUAGUGACACAAUUUCAACAGUAAAGGACAUUCCCAACUCCCAUCCCAGAUGCUGUUCUUUCAAGAGAGUUCGUGGGAAGGGUUCAGCUGAUUCUCAAAACAAAAGGCAAGAGAUGUUGCUUCCUGGCUCUUCUAUUGUCUGUGAUCCUGAUGAAGAUGGUGAUAUUGACGACAAUUUUGUGAAGCAGCCUUUUUCAAAUAACAGAACAGGAGUCGCUGGCCUCAAGAAAAACAGCAAGAGAGCGUUGGAUUCGAGUAAUGCACAGACCAGCUCUGGAUUAACUGCUUUUAACCCGGUAGAUAACGUUCGGUGUACUAGAUCAAGGAAGGUGCAACUGUAAGUCUAAACAUAGCUGAUUUGUGUAGAAUAUUUAUUCUCAGGUCGGGAAUACCUGUUGUGCAUCAGAUAAUGAGUAUUGUGGCGUUUACAAAAAAUCUUGUUUGCAUCACCAUAUCACCUUGUAAAUACAAAAUAGAUAGUCAGAUGAGCAUAUAUAUCAUUUGUUGAUCUUUAGGCGAUUUGCCAUUGACAAAGGCAACACUGGUUUGUUACUUCGUUUUGUUCUGGAUCGGCCACUGGAAAAAGUGGCACAGCCGUUCAGCAUAGUCAGUAAAAGUCAGAGCACGUGUUUUAACUUUGAA